AUGGUCCACCACAACCCAGGGGCACAGUUAGGUAUGAUAUGGUUCAGACUUUUACGAUUAUUUCUGACUUGUUCAACGGAAAAAGCAGCUGACUGUCAAUUUACUUGUUUAGCUAUAGCCCAAUAUCAAUCGGUUAGUUUUCGGCAGUCAACAUCCAGUUGUGAACCGUUCACUAAUAUGCCGAACCCAAAUCGCAAUUUUAUCGCACCAAAAUAUUUGAAUUUCAGCACGCCGGGUUCAUUGACACCAGGCAUUGGAAGUGGCUGUUAUGUAACUUCAAGUGCUGGCAGAUCAGUUCUAAAUAGUUUUCAAUUCGCAACUGCGGAUGAUCACUAG